AUAUGCAGCUCCACAGAGACAGGUUACGAUUCUAGUUACGGUGCAUUGAAGCAAUACUGCGAAGACAACAAGAAACAAGCUUUAUUCUCGUACUUUGAAAAGAACUGGGAUUCGUGUCGAGACAUGUCGGCGAACUUUGCUCGCAGCAAAUUUUUCACGACUGGGAAUACUACAACGAACAGGAUCGAGUCAAACUGGAAUCAAGUGAAAAUACUGUUGGGGCACAAGACACGAAUUGACAAGACUAUUGCGGGCUUGGUGCAGCAUCAAACCAUGAUAACUCAGCAGAUC